AUGGAACAAUUGCACAAAUUGCAGGCAACCAUUUUCCAAAAUGCUCCCACCGCUCCAGAUGGGCGGACGGAUGCCGAAGCGGCGGCCACGCCCUCGGUCAAUCAGACGUCGCUACUCCAUGACUUAACUCAUCUAGGUCGAGACAACGCUGCCACCAUGGUCCAAGCCUUCAAGACAGUGGUGUCGGGACAGCCCCUGAAUGAUAAAGAGCUGUUGCUCGAGCACGGCGUGCAUAUGCUGCAAUCUCUGCCUCCCAACAGCAGACUGGGUGCCGACGCCGCUGGUCAGUUCAUAAAAAUGCUAUGGGACGACUUGCCUCACCCACCAGGAACCCUCGCUGGCCCAACCACGAGAUACAGGAGGCACGACGGAGGUAAUAAUAAUCUCUGGGAUCCUGAGCUGGGAAAGGCAGGCUCACCUUACAGCCGAAGCGUGCCGCCUAUGAAACCAAAAGGCCCCAACUUGCCAGAUGUCGAACUUGUCUUUGAAUAUCUGCUCAGGCGAAAAGAAGGCGAGUUCCGCAAGCACCCAUCCGGGUUGAACAGAUUGUUCUUCUCCUUCGCCACAGUCGUCAUCCACGAGUGCUUCCAGACUUCAAGGGACAAUAAGUGGGUGAACGAGACGUCCAGCUAUGUCGACCUCAGCACACUCUACGGAAACACAAGCAAUGAACAAAAACGCGUGCGGACUUACAAGAACGGCCUGAUCUAUCCGGAUUCGAUCGCUUCAGAGAGGAUCAUGCUGAUGCCACCGGGCGUCAUUGCUGUUCUGAUGAUGUUUUCCAGGAACCACAACCACAUUGCCGAAACGCUCUUGUCCAUCAAUGAGCAAGGAACUUACGGGUCGUGGGACAAAUUGACAGAAGCUCAACAAAAAGAGCAAGACGAAGACAUUUUCCAGCUUAGCAGAAACAUUAAUGUCGGUUUCUUCGCCUCUGUGGUACUGAGAGAUUACGUCGCCGCCAUCUUGAACACUCCUCGGGCUAACUCGGAGUGGUCGCUCAACUUGGGAGAGGAGAUCAGGUCUGCACAAGGAGGACGUGUAGAGAGAGGUCUGGGUAACGCCGUCUCGGUGGAGUUUGCAGUUCUCUACCACUGGCACGCCGCACUCAGCGCCGCCGACGCGAAGUGGAUGGAAGAGGUCAUUAGUUCGAGUCUUCCACAGAUCAAGUCCAUCGACGAAAUGACGCCGGGGCUCUUCUGGCAGAUGACUUCGAAAAUCACCAAGGACCUAAUGUCCAAACCCGCCAGCGAAUGGACAUUUGGAGGUCUGGAGCGCGGUCCAGACGGAAGCUUCGAUGACGCCGAUCUGGGCCGCCUCAUCAAAGACUGCAUCGAAGAGCCAGCUCACGCAUUUGGUGCUAAUGGGACACCAGCUAGCCUGAAGGUGGUGGACCUCAUGGGCCAGCUUCAGGCCAGAGAGAUAUUCAACACCUGCACGUUGAACGAGUUCCGGAGAUACCUCAACUUGACAGCGUACAAGAGUUUCUCGGAAUGGAACGAUGAUCCGGCAGUUUCUCGAGCCGCCGAGCUCUUGUACGGUCACAUCGACAAUCUUGAACUAUAUCCCGGUCUGCAGGCAGAGUGUACCAAGCCACCAAUGCCGGGUAGUGGUGUCUGUCCCGGUCAAACAACUGGACGUGGCAUCCUCGACGACGCUGUAGCCCUGGUCCGAGGUGACCGCUUCCUCACGUACGAUUUCAACAGCAACACCCUGACCAACUGGGGCGUUUCCAAACUCGCCGACCUCCCAGGAGGCGCAUACGGAGGCAUACUCGCCAAGCUCAUCUUCAACGGCCUGCCUGGCGAGUUCACUGGCACAUCCACAUAUGCCUUGAUGCCGUUCUACACGCCUGAAGCCGUCCAGGGCAUACUCGAAGGCAAUAAGGUGGUGGCGAAGUACGACCUUCGGAGACCCCCACCAAAUGUGAUGAAGCUGGUGGGCAUCCACACUCAAGAAGGUGUCAAGAAGGCCUUUGAAGAUCGAGAAACUUUCCACGUCAUGUACCAAGCCGCCAUCCGCAACUGCACCGACGGCCACGAAUUCAUGAUCGGUUGGGACGACCAAGCCCGCCACGACCCCCGUUCUGUUAUCCUCCACAAGGUCUUCUUUGAGGAGAAUUUUGAACAGAACCUCACAAAGUUCUUCCGAGAAACCGUCAGGAGCCUGAUUCGGAAAAGCACCUUGAACUAUCCCGACCAUCGCAGAUCGAUCGAUAUCGUCCGAGAUGUGUGCAACGUCACGCCUAUCAUGUGGCUCGCACGCCGUUUCGCCAUCCCAAUCAAGGACGCGGCCCACCCUCGCGGUCUGGUCACAAUUCCGGAACUGUUCGACAUCUACCUGGUCCUCUUCAUGUACCAAAGCUUCAACAUCCUGCCGGUCAACGAGUGGAAGUUGAGGGAGACGGCCGAGACGGUCGCGCCGAUUCUGAGACAGAUCUUUGCAGCUCAUCUCCGCACUCAGCGGGGUCUGACCGAGUACAUUGUGGACUGGCUGGCCAAGGGCUCAGCUUAUGAGGUCGGGCCCGACGCGGACCAGUUUUAUCAUGCGUUGAACAAGACGGGAUUGGACCUGGGUGACAUUGUGGGUGAUUGUAUCGGCAUGAGUGCCCCAGUCGCGGGCAACAUCACCCAGCAGGCCUCCCUCCUCAUCGACCUCUACCUUAGUGAAGGGUAUGAGCAAUAUAAGGCGCGAAUCGUGGAGCUGGCACAAAAGGAUGACGAAGCUUCAGACAAGGAACUGCUGGGAUUCGUGUUCGAAGGCAUGCGGCACGCCGGCGUCGUGCCCGGUCUACCUCGCGUCGCCUCCAAGGACGUCACCUUUGAAGACGGCGCCCGUGGCUCCCUCCACAUCAAGGCCGGUCAAUACGUUCUCAUCGCCACGUCCUCGGCAGCCAUGGACCCCGUCGCUUUCCCUGACCCCGAAAAAAUCGACCCCCAUCGCCCCAUGUCGUCGUACACACUCCUCGGUCACGGCAUGCACUACUGCUUCGGCGCCAGACUGAUUGGCCCCGCCCUCGUCGCCACGCUCAAGGAAGUCUUCCGUCUCAAGAACCUCCGUCGCGCAGAGGGUAAAUUAGGAAGAUUCAGCGUCAUUGAGCAGGAUAUUGCAGGCGUCAAGGCAAAGAUCUAUCUUGACGCGAAUGCAAAGGAGUCGCCCAUCCCGACGACCUUGCAUCUUUUGUACGAUGAGUGA